UUUUGUGGCAAGAAGUCCUGAAAGAUUACUAAUGAAAAUGGCAAGCGAGCGGGAGAGUGAUCCGAAAGUGUUGCUGGUGCCAGGGAGUGCCUGUAGACAUGGUAUGAAAUUCACCUGGGGCGUAGGGAAUCAGCUGUUUGUUUUUGCUGGAACGCCAACAUCUGCUGAAGAUGAAGUUAGUGGCGAAGGUGCUGAGGCAGCAUAUGUCCAUGAUGUCAGAUGGAACACAGACAUGCAUGAUGUGUACACUAGAAAACUGGUCAAUGAGUCAAACAAUAUAUUCUUAAUGCUUCAAAGCCAUGAACAUGGUAUAGAGGGGACAGGAAGAAAGCCACAGCUUGUAAAAUUCAGUCGGAACUACAGAUCUGUGCUCAAAGCUUGCAUAAUGGAUUUAAUCGCUGCAAGAGAUUCUGUAAUGGAGGAAGAAGUGAAGAAAUACUACCACAGUCAAAUGGAGCUUUUCCAAAUGAUAGAACUCAUCUGGAGUCUGUGUGAAAUCCUGUUCAUAGAGACCCUGCCUGGUGGUAUUUUACUGGUCAAAUUGCUUGAUUGGUUGAAGUGGCACUUCAAUGAAGGGGAGAAAAAAGCUAGAGAUGUACUUAGAGAAGACACACCUGAAGAGAACCCAGAAUACUGGGAGGCUGUCUACUGCUACGUCCUCCAAGGUCGCAUAGAGGAAGCCCGGAACAUGUUGUCCUUGCACUCGCUCAGGCAAACAGAUGCGUAUGAGAGCAUGGAUGAGCUGUUACGCAAGAUGCCAUGCUUUACAUACUUUACUGGACAGUCCACAGCAGAGUUUGACAUGAAGUGGAGACACUGGCAAGAAGAAAGUGUCAGAAGGUUGGAAGACGGAGAAUUCAGAAACCAUAAAAAUUUGGAAACCAUUUGCAAGAUUCUAAUUGGGGAUGACCAAGUAUUUAUACAGCUGAAAGACCUCUGUGAGUGCUGGUAUCACAUGAUGGUCUCCAAGCUUCUCUACCAGAACCCGACUGUAAAGGCAUUUGAUCUCCAAUAUCACACACAGUCCUGUAUUGAUGCCUAUGGGGGCAACAGCAAAGUGGAUCCCUUGGAGAAUAUCCUACUGGCUGCCAUAGAGUUUGACAUUCACCAGGUCAUCAAAGAAAGCAGUUCUUAUUUAAGCAACUGGUGGUUUGUGUCUCAUCUCACUGAUCUUCUGCAUCACUGUGGACAGCUGGAGGCACACAAACUCAACUUUGGGUCAAACUUGAGGGAGUAUUUAUUGCUGGAAUAUGCCUCUGGUCUGAUGUCACAUGAAAGUCUCUGGCAGGUUGGAAUUCCCUAUCUUGAUCACUGUCCAGAGUUUGGAAGGCAAUAUUUAGAGCAGUACAUUGAACAUAUUCCACUUAGUUCAGAAAGGAAAGCUCAUAAAGUACUUCGUAUAUGUGAACAGAGAGACAUGCAUGACCAAGCUAACAGUAUUUGUAAAGUGAUGGGAAUGAAGGCACUGCACAAUGACAGACUGGGAUCAGCCUUGUCUUGGUGCCUCAAGUCAAAGGAUGUCACUUUCGCCACCUACCUUGCUGAACAGUUCCUCACCAGGUACAGGGCAACAGGUGACUUCAGUAACCUUGACCUUCUAGAUAACCUGGGACAAGCCAUGCUCUUAAGUGACAGACUAACAUUCCUUGGAAAAUAUAGAGAAUUUCACAAGUUAUAUGAAGAUGGGGACUUUGAAGCAGCAACUUCACUCCUGCUGUCUCUACUGACUGCAAGACUUGCACCAAAAAAAUUUUGGCUGACACUCCUCACUGAUGCAUUGCCACUGUUAGAAGCAGACGAGGUUGUCUUCACUAGUCAACAGACCUAUGAAUUAAUGCACUGCUUGGAAGAGUUAAGUUUGGCUGAAAAAUUGGAAGCAGAAGAGAAAACAGACCAACUAGUGGGUGAUCACAAGGGGUUUUCUGAUGCAGAGUUGGAAAAGAUGAGUUUGAUCAAACUGGCACUGACUAGGAACCUUGCCCGGGCUAUAGUACAUGAAGGGACAGUGCUGACCUGACACACUAGCCAGAAUUAAUAUUUGUAAAUUGGGAUAAUUACCAUGAGCACAGAACUCCACCAAGGAAAAAGGCCAUUACUAGCAAUAAGAUAUAGGAGACAAGGCUUCAGAAUUACCUGAAUAACUGUUCAUCUUAAUUAAAAUGUUAUUUAAAUUUGUAAUGGCAUAGCUUGUCCACUAACAAACAGACAAACUAACACUGGGGAAAACAUAAUCUUCAUUUGCAGAAACAACUGAGUGUUUUUGUGGACAGAAGUGUUCAAUUGUCUAACAAGGACAAAUAAAAAAUCCUGCCGUUGACACUGUGGAGUCAUAUAGUAACUUAUACAAUUUGUGCACAUAAAUAGCCUUGAAUGUGUCAGUUCUUCAAAACACACAGGUGAUUGCAACACAAGUGUGUUUUGGGGGGACAAAAACAAAAGUAUAAAGUACUAUUUUUGGGAAAUGUUUGUGAAAAGGUUUGCUAAUGUAAGA